UGAUUUGUCGAAUAUCUCUUGAUUAUAAGAAGCCAUGAGACGUACCCUCGGCCUCUUCGAAUCUGGAUAUGCAAUCAAGCCUAACCCCCUGGAAAAAGCUUUCUACUACAUUUAAGCCUCAAAAUCGUCUCACAAUCUGUUGAUUCUGUCGUCGUUUCCUUUCGAUUGCUUAAGUGGACUGAUAGUCAGUCCAUCUCUUUCUCGCUUUCGUGCUUACACUGUAACAAUCUCACCUUUUUGUUUCUGCUUGUAUAUGUUAGGAGGAAUCAUUUCCAAAAAUUUCAACACUAUUAUAACAAUUAUCUCAAGAUGUCUCUCAGUGCAAGUGCCGAAAAUCUCACAAGUGACACACAGAGCUGUGGUGACAGUAACAACAUGUGCUUAGAACUGGCUCUAGAAGGAGAACGUCUUUGCAAGGCUGGUGAUUGUAGAGCAGGAGUUGCCUUUUUUCAAGCUGCAAUUCAAGCUGGCACAGAUGACUUACGAACCUUGAGUGCGAUUUACAGCCAAUUAGGAAAUGCUUAUUUCUAUCUUGGAGACUAUGCCAAAGCUAUGCAGUAUCACAAGCAUGAUUUAACCCUUGCAAGAACAAUGGGAGACAAAUUAGGUGAAGCCAAAUCAAGCGGAAACCUUGGGAACACACUUAAAGUAAUGGGAAAAUUUGAUGAGGCAAUGAUAUGCUGCAAACGACACUUGGAAAUUUCCCGUGAUCUUGGUGACAAGCUGAGUGAAGGAAGAGCCCUGUACAAUUUGGGCAAUGUUUAUCAUGCUAAAGGUAAACAUAUUGGCCGUGUGGGACAACAAGAGCCUGGAGAAUUUCCUGAGGACGUCCGCACCUGUUUGAAAGAAGCUGUUCAUUAUUAUGAAGAAAAUUUAAAGCUUAUGCGAGAGUUGAAUGAUACAGCUGCUCAAGGCAGGGCCUGUGGGAAUCUUGGAAAUACAUAUUAUCUGUUAGGUGACUUUCAGCAAGCUAUCCGUUAUCAUGAAGAGAGGCUGAAAAUAGCUCGUGAGUUUGGUGACCGUGCGGCAGAAAGAAGGGCAAACAGUAAUUUAGGAAACUCACACAUAUUCCUUGGUGAAUUUGAGGCAGCAGCAGAACACUACAAGAGAACUCUUGUGCUUGCUCAAGAGCUGGGAGACAGGGCUGUUGAAGCACAAGCCUGCUAUAGUUUGGGAAACACCUACACCCUCCUUCGAGAUUAUCAAACUGCCAUUGAGUAUCAUCUGAGGCAUUUAAUUAUUGCUCAGCAAUUGAUGGAUCGUGUUGGGGAAGGCAGAGCAUGUUGGAGUUUAGGAAAUGCCCAUGCUGCCAUGGCAAACCAUGAAAAGGCACUUCAUUUUGCAACAAGACAUCUGGAAAUAUCAAAAGAGUUGGGUGAUCCUAUGGGUCAAGCUACUGCCCAGAUGAAUGUCAGCGAUCUCCGCAAGGCACUUGGUCUACCUGUGGAUGAGCUAUCCCCUAGUAGUCUGGAACUGGUUUCUGCAUUAAGCAAUCAGCCUUCUCCUGGACUCAGGCGCUAUAGGGUGAGGCGCCAAAGCAUGGAACAGCUGGAUUUAAUCAAGCUUACUCCUGAUGGCAAACAGAGAUCAUCUCCCACUGCAUCUGUCGCGGCGACUUCCAGCGGCUCUGGAGAUACUCAUAUGACUGAGCAUACAGAUGAUGAAGAUUCAUUCUUUGAUCUUCUUUCCCGCUUUCAAUCUAAGCGUAUGGACGACCAGCGCUGCUCUUUGAAGAAGUCCGAUAACAAGGAAAACUCUCAUUCUAAUAAUGGAAUGCCCAUAUUCAAAGGAUUCAGUCAAAAGUUGCCUCCUGUCAAGGCACCCACCCUUCCUAAUAAUGGUGAUGGCCCUGAUGAUCUGCUUGAUCUUAUUGUGGGAAUGCAAAGUAAGCGGAUGGAUGAGCAGAGAGUCGCUCUUCCUCAUCUUCCCGGUUUAUGUCCACCCGGCAGUAGCCAGGGACAGAGGCAGAGACUAUCUCUUGCCAGUGGAGUGGAUGCCACUCCUGAUGAUCAAUUUCUGGAAAUGCUGAUGAGAUCACAGUGUGCUCGUUUGGAAGAUCAGCGCAGCUUCCUACCGGGUGGUCCAGAGGAUGUGGAUUUGGAAGACGUGACAGUUGCUGUUGACGGAGCUGUAGCAGCUGGGUCUGUGCCUACCAAGGCUCCCACUGUUCCUGAUGAAGACUUUUUCUCCCUUAUUUUAAGGCUCCAGUCUGGACGUAUGGAAGAUCAACGUGCCUCAGUACCAACAGCAAGAUAUCAGCAUCCUCCUCUUUCAGAAAAAACAUUAAACGCAAAAACAAAUAAUGCUGCUGCACGCAAAGACAAGAAAUGAUAUUUGAGUAAACAUCUGUCCUUGUCCAGAGAUUGAAACUGAGUCCACUAGUCUGUUAAACAGGAGUAGGAAUUAAUUUUUUUUCUUUUUGUGCUACCCUGUGCAAGAAAAGUAUUUCUACUGAUUUUUAUCAUGUGUCAGAUCCUGACCUUAAACAUAUAAGGAAAGACCUGCUUGGGCUGACUCAUUGUUUUCUGUCACAGUUCUUGAUACUACACUAUGUCGUUAAUUUUGUCAAGACUCUAUGACUUACAUUAAUUCCUCUGGAUAUUGGUCAGAUGUGUUUUGUGCCAAAUGAAUGAACUCAUGAAAGUAGAGCCGAGUUUCAACUGUUGAUUUUUGCUGCAGUAUUACUAAUCACUUCACAAAAUUUAUACCUAAACUUUGUUGUUGUUGAGAAUAUUUGUACUCAUUUUAGUAUCGAUCAUGGUGUCCAUGCCACUAUUUAUAACUCAUGCUUGUAUACCUUGUUACGACUUGUUCCUUAUUAUGACCUUUAUUGGAGAAAGAUAUGAUCUCUUGUUCUCCACAUGAAACAUUUAUUUUUGUGCUAAAAACUGUUAUGAAACUCAUAUUUUGCGACUGAUGCUUUCCAGCACUGCUUUGUUUCCAGUGCAUAUUUGAGAGUAUGCAUGAGAGAAGGGUGCCCUUCUUUCUCUCAUUAAGUAGUUAGGGCUAAUGUGAGAAACAGAAAGAUAAACACUAGCCGAAAGAUUUUCUGCGUAUAGAUUUGCAACUUGUUUCCAUCCUGUAAUAUCGACAUAGCAAUAUAGCAGAUCUUCAAAUUACCGAAUAUAUUACAAAGCCGUAUCCAACAGUGCCUAACAGAACUGAUACAAUAUAUGGCUACCAGUGAAGGUAGUUGUCUACUGCUGUAUUUUAUCACUUUUCAUUUCAAAAUUGAAGAAAUGGUUUUUUAUCUGAUCCACCAUGCUAGUAACUAUGUAUUAGAAUGUGUUCUCCAAAUUAGUCAUUGUGUAUCAGGUAAUGCACCACUAGCUUUAAGACAAGAAGAAAACUGAAACUUGGUACAUGUUUUCUUUCAGUGGAAAAUUGACAUGUAUUUUUUUUGUUUGUUUUUUUGCUGUAGUGUUUUCCUAUUCUGUUUCUCUCUUUUUGAAUUUUGAAAAUGCAUUUUCAAUCAACUUGUAUAGUUUAUAUGUAACAGAUAUUUUUAUUUUUUAACAAUAAUUUUAACCUUAACAUGUUUGUAGAUUAUCUAUCACACAGUAUUCUUUAAUUUGCCAUUUAUUUUAACAUACGUAUGCCAUAUGUUUAGCAAUCAUGAUUUUUAAAAAGUUUAUGUUAUCUCUCUCUUUUUCAUAUGUAACCAUUGUACCAGUAAGUGUUUAUGGCCUAGUUGUGAUUAGAGAAUAGGCUAAAAUUUACUCUGUCCAGACAUUGUGUAUGUUAAAACGUUUUUACAUUUCUACUACACAAAUUUUAUUUGCUUGCCAAAGAUUCAUAAAUAGAAUAUUUUAGCUUAUGUAGUAGACUUUUCCUCUUAUUACUACAUUUGGUUAUCUUGUUCUUUGUUGUUGAGGACCUGAGAACCAGUGACUAGAGUGCUAUUUAUUUUAGUACGUAGCUGAACACAUGAUAUAAAUCCAGGAACACAGAGUUUAUUUUGUGGUGUAUUAAUGUUCCAUCUCUUCAUGUGCUGUCUCUUUACAUUUUUUGUUAGUUUGCACCAAGAGCAAGGAAAAAGAAAAUUUCUUAUCUCUAUAUUUAACUAAUGAUGGUUUCUUUGGUGCACCGCCACAUUCCAUGAACCCUCACUGCUUUACAUUAUUUUUAUUUUUCAUUGUUUGACUCCUCUGCUAGACCUAUUUGGUUUCAGGUCCAAUAAUCAAGGACAUGUACUCAAAGUAAGCCACAUUUAUAGUGGAAAAGUAAAGAUCUUUCGCAUAGGUCUUUCCUAUGUACUCAAAUUCUAUAUUUUCCGAAACUUUUCUGAACAAUGGCUGUGAGGAACCUAUUGUUUAUGGAUGUUUAUCUCUUCGCAGCAGUAGAAUUUUUCGAUUCGCACUGGUGCAUAAUGUGUUUGUCCACCUUUUGUCAAGUUCAAAUUAAAUUCCAGUACGUGUUAUUGUUUUGUUUGUUGUAUUGCAUGUACUUGCCUGUUAUAAAAUUGAUUUAUUAGUACCGUAAUAUGGCUAGAAAUGAGCUUCUUAAGAAAUUCAUCCACAUAUAUAUUAUUUCUUAUGGCCACAAAUUAUUUGUAAAAAGUAUAUAUAAUAAUAAACCUAUGCCCUUAAAUA